AAAAUAAUAUGUACCAGAUAAAUGGCAGCCAAUGAGUCCACGCAUCAUUUUAUCACCUUGUCACUAAAUAACUCAUCUCUGCAGCAUCAAUGGCUGAUGAAGCUCCGCUCCACUCAAAUAAUCCGAUUCGUUUUGGAAUCGUCGGAUGCGCCGAAGUGGCUCGAAAACUUGCUCGAGCCAUGUGUCUUGCGCCGGGCGUCACCCUCUGCGCCAUUGGCAGCCGUUCGAUCGAGAAGGCAGAGAAAUUUGCGGCCCUGAUUGGCCUUUCCGGAACUCAGGUCAAGCUUUAUGGGAGCUACGAUCAGGUGUUAGAUGACCCAUGUGUGGAUGCCGUGUACCUUCCCCUGCCUACUAGCCUCCACACGCAAUGGGCGGUAAAGGCAGCGCAUAAGAAGAAGCACUUGCUGUUAGAGAAGCCGGCGGCUCUUAAUGUAGCGGAGCUUGAUCGGAUUCUGGAGGCUUGUCAAUCCAACGGCGUGCAAUUCAUGGACGGUACCAUGUGGCUGCAUCAUCCCAGGACGCUGAAGAUGAAGAACUUGCUUUCUGAUUCUAAAACUUUUGGGCCAAUUAAUUACAUCCACAGCACAUCCACCAUGUCAGUUAACCCAGAAUUUUUGGAGACCAACAUAAGGGUGAGACCAGACUUAGACGCUCUGGGCGCGCUUGGGGACUUGGGGUGGUACUGCAUCGGAGCCAUUUUAUGGGCCAAGGACUACCAAUUGCCAUCCACAGUACAAGCUCUGCCCGACGUUACAACAAACUCUGCCGGAGUCAUCUUGUCCUUUACAGCGUCGUUUCAUUGGGGCAUUUCAUCGAACAACUCAACUGCAACAAUUCACUGCUCUUUCUUCGCCAACAGUUCAAUGGACCUAGCCAUAUCUGGUUCCAAUGCUUCAAUUCACACCAAAGACUUCAUAAUCCCAUACCAGGAAGACUGGGCUUCGUUUGAGUUGAGUUGUGGGGCCCAGUUUGCGGAUCUCCACAUUGGUUGGAAUGUAAUCCCUGAGGAAGUGAGAGUGGAUUGUGAACUACCCCAAGAGGCUUCGAUGGUUAAAGAAUUUUCCAGGCUCGUUCAUGGCAUUGCAAGAGAUGGGGUUCAGCCAAAUAGUAAAUGGCCUGAGAUUAGCAGAAAGACACAGUUGGUGUUGGACGCAGUCAAAAAAUCGAUAGAUCGCGGUUGUAAGCUUGUCCAGUUGUGAGAUGUCAAAUGUCAAAAUAUGACACUAUAUUACUACGACAUCAGUUAGUAAUAUUCUGAAUUAGUAAAUACGAAUAUGACAAUUUCUUCAAUUGUAAGUUGUAAACUUUAUAUUACGAGUCUAAAUAAUAAUUUAGAUUUUAAGUGUAAAAUAUGUCCAUGAGAAUAUAAUCGGUUGUAUGUGUAAUA